AUGACGGCUAAACGAAGAUUAGCAUCGCUUGUCUCGGCUCGGCUUGCUUUGGAUAGAUUUGUUUUCUUCUCCAUGUUAUUUGACGUAUUGCUUGGAGGACGGAAAAUUUGUUUCAUGGUUGUUGGUUUCGAAUGCACCGGAGUUUGCAUGUCUGCGGAGGAGAUGCCUCCCAACAUGUCGAACUUAGGCAAGAAGAAGAAUAAAAGAGAGAAGAUGGCACAGCCUGUUCAGCCGGUGCAUCCGCAACCGCAUAAAUCGCCAUCACCAGAACCGUCGCUGACGGCGGCGAUGAAGGACGAGACGAGCGCAACGUGCACGAUCUUGUCGAUGGAGCUAGAAGGCGCGACCUGCGAUGCCGAACAGGAACUUUUUCUCGUCGAACCGCCCCUUUUCAGCGUGAAUCCUCUUAAUACGGGCCAUAAGAUCAUGGAAGUUCCUGCACUGACAACACCACGUGCACCACCACGACCGUCGCGCGAUCGUGCUUCAAGCGUGAACUACCUGAAGGGCCAGAUCGCACGCUCUCAACCUGUUCCGACAUCAACAUUUUCGUCGACGGUGGUAGAAUUUGUUCAUGACGUCACAUUACAACAUCAGUCUCAAGCGCAAAUGGUCGAAAAAGUGGAAUGGGUGGAGCUGCACAGUAUUGAGAAAGCUGGACAGCCAAGUCGACGGAUGGAACUUAUAGUGCUGGGUUUAGCCCGAGGAUUUCAAGUGUGGACAUUAAAUGAAAGCGGUGACUGUGAGGAAGUAAUGUCAGAACGCCAAGGUCCAAUUCGAGCAUUUGUCCCACUGUCGAGCAAUUUUGAGCUACGUAAUGGUGAACUAGACUUGUUUGCUGAUCAACGACCAAUGGUAGCCAUGGUGGACACCUAUACCACUGUGCCGGAUCGGCAAUAUUGUUCCGUGUCGAUAGUCUCACUGACUAGUGGUAAAGGAGUGCGAAGGAUUGGUUUUGAGGAGCCAGUAUGUGGGCUUAAUACCGCAGCCAGGUAUCUCGUGAUGUCUCUAUCAACACGGCUCGUUGUGCACGACGUGGUGACCUUGGCUGAAAUGCGUUCCAUUCGUGUAGUUCAACCACCAGAAACUUGUGCACCGGCUGUAGCUUUGAAUCAACAAUUCAUAGCUUUUGCGGAUUUCAAGCUGAAUCCAGAUAUACAAAGUUGUGGGGGUAUGUGUUUGGAUGUCGAUGACGCUCCCGCUACUUAUGCAAAUCAAGUGUUCAGCGUGGCGAAGGCCUUGUCCCGGACAGUGACAUCGUCCGUAACCGGUGUAGGUGGAUCGAAAGCUGGUGAAGUUCCGAUGGGAAUAGUCACUGUAAUUGAUCUCGAAAGAGAGGCGGAAGAGGGGAACGAAACCGCAGCAGUAAUGGCACAUUUUGCGGCCCAUAGUGAGCCGUUGUCCAGCAUGACAUGGUCACCGGACGGACGUCUUUUGCUAACCACCGACACAUCAGCAUGCGUCUUCCAUAUAUUUUCCAUUCUCACCCAUCCGUACACACCGUUGUUGUCAGCUGUCCAGCAUUUAUAUCGCCUACGUAGGGGGACAACCAUUGCUAAGGUAGUUUCAUGCGCAUUUUCGCUCGAUUGUCGCUGGCUUUCGAUUUGUACGAAUCACGGUACAUGUCACGUGUUUGCGAUAAGUCCAUAUGGUGGGAAACCAUCGAGGCGCACACAUGGACAGCACUUCACCAACAAAGAUUCUCGUUUCCUUCGCUCGGCUGGCCUAGUUGGAAAUGUCGACACCCAGGCUAUUCUACCACCGCGCACUAGGAGUCUCAGCGGAGCUACGCCUUUGUCAAGCAGCAGGUUUCUUUUCAUCAGGGAGCACCCCUGUAUGUGGAACCGUACUAUGGCUCGCUCCACAGCUAAUCCGCGUAUUGGACCACAUCCACCACCAGUUUUACUGGAUUCGGUGAAGAAAAUACGGUCCCAACUAAGCGCUACCAAUCUUAUCGCUCUCGGCAAAGACCUAGCACCACUGGCGCUGACCGCUGUUGGUGCAAGUGGCGGGUCGAAGCGUCGUGCAAGCGUCGAUCUACCGCGUGUAUCGCUUGCAUACUCAAGUCGAACUGCUGCAACUGCUCGCUCACCAUCGCUGUUAAUUGCAAGUGCUGAUGGAGGCAUUGUUUGUGAAUACGAACUGCAUCCGCGAGUCCUCGGAUCGAUGAGCACAGAAGACCCACCACAAAUCGAUGUGUUGCCUGCUGCGAUGUGGACAUUGCAGAGGACGAAGAACAAUGCUGACAUGCCACCACCAUUGCAACCAGGCAGUCCGCUAAUAACGUGGUUGGUUCCCGACAAAAAAAGGCAGAGGAGCACGCGAGAACCGGAAACAUGGAUCCCUCAAGUUGAAGUUUGCACUUAUUCUGGACCACAUCGUCGUCUAUGGAUGGGGCCGCAGUUCAAGUUUUUUGAGUAUCGCGAAGAAAACACCAGCGCUGAACUGAUGACCCCAUCGGAAUCUCGGCACUCUCUUUCAUCCAUCAAGUCUAUACCUGUUGUAAUCGGAGGUGCCGGAAGUAGCAGCUCAAAUAGUGAUGCUACUCGUAUUGAAUGCGGCUCAUGGGCGAGUGAAGUGUCAAUGCCGAUGGGCGACCAAGUGAUAGCGGGCGGCGACAUCACCGAGCAAAUUGCCGAUGCGAUGCGUGAUGUUGAAUUCGAUGAUCCGCAACCAGCGGCAGGCGAUGUGUUUUUCGAUACACACUCACCAGGCAUCAAAAGAAAACCGUCGAAGACUAAAACAGCGGUAGACGAAGAGGACCUUGAUUUUGACGAUUUCCGAUAG